AUGCCUUCGUCGUUUUAUUCGUUAAGUCCUGGAGAAAUGAGUACCAUUUCGGACGGUGAAUUUGAUGGUACCGAUUACCUUUUGAGCAGCACUAUACGGCUGGAGGACUGUACUUAUUUGGGCUUUAAUCUUCUUGACAUGGGCAAAUUGAAAACCAAAUAUGAUGUGAACACUGUUACCAAUGAGCCUUGGAACGAUAACAACUCUCCAUCAGCUAGCGGCAAGCCUGAUUUAGUCUAG